UUCAGUCGUGAAUCGGGCUUUCAACUGAACGGACGGUCUGUGCGAGGGUCCCAGCGAGGGUCGCCACGAAACUAUCUGACGUGCGAGUUGCGAUUCCACGCGAGUGCUGCACACGAAAUGCUACGCGGUGCGUUGUCGUUGUCGUUAUCCUUGCCGCUGUCAUUUGCCGGAUUUUGGCAGACCUCGCCAAAGUUGUGAGCGAGUGAAAGUUUUUUGUGCACUUGUCGUGUGGCGACUUCGGUUUACCAUUACUCUUGCAUUCGCAAUUGCGUGCGCAAUUCAAACCCCAUUGUUGUUGCUGUUGAUUACGCGACGUUUACGUGAUUAAAGGUGAAAACAUUUGCCGCCCAGUGAAUCCUUGAACAUUUGGCAACUUGUCGCCGUAGUGUUGAACUUUUUCCGUCACAUUAACCGUUGCAGAAGAAAAUUAAGCUAAAGGAUUUCCAUGGCCAUGGCAGGACCCCACUGCCUGCCACGCCCACAUACACACCGCCGCCUCCGCCCACAGCCGGAGUUUAACGUCCGGCAGUUGGCCAUCGCGAUAAUAGCCACUGCCGCGGUUACCAUGCUGAUGACAGCCACGCCCACACUGGCCGAAAUCCCCUCAAAGGGAAAACACACGCGACUGGACACCCAGCAGACGGCACACGAAGAUUCCGACUUCCCGCGAUUCGCGGAACCCAUUGCCAAUGUCACCGUCUCCGUGGGACGAGAUGCCUUGAUGGCAUGUGUGGUGGAGAACCUCAAGGGCUACAAGGUGGCCUGGGUGCGGGUGGACACGCAGACGAUCCUAUCCAUUCACCACAACGUCAUCUCGCAGAACAGCCGCAUCAGCCUGACCUACAAUGACCAUCGUUCGUGGUACUUGCACAUCAAGGAGGUUGAGGAGACGGAUCGCGGCUGGUACAUGUGCCAAGUGAAUACGGAUCCCAUGCGCUCCAGGAAGGGCUAUUUGCAGGUGGUGGUUCCACCGAUGAUUGUCGAGGGCCUGACCAGCAACGAUAUGGUGGUGCGCGAGGGUCAGAACAUCUCGCUGGUUUGCAAGGCACGUGGCUAUCCGGAGCCCUACGUCAUGUGGCGACGCGAGGACGGCGAGGAGAUGCUAAUUGGCGGGGAGCACGUCAACGUGGUGGACGGUGAGCUGCUGCACAUCACCAAAGUGAGUCGCCUGCACAUGGCCGCGUAUCUGUGCGUCGCCUCCAACGGAGUCCCGCCUUCGAUUAGCAAGCGGGUCCACCUGCGUGUGCAAUUUCCGCCGAUGCUUUCCAUACCCAACCAGCUGGAGGGAGCCUAUCUGGGCCAAGAUGUUAUACUCGAGUGCCACACUGAGGCCUAUCCAGCAUCGAUCAACUACUGGACCACGGAGCGCGGGGAUAUGAUCAUAUCGGACACCUCACGAGCCGGCGAUAAAUACGAGACCACAUCAACCGUCAGCGGUUACACAAAGUACAUGAAGUUAAAAAUCCGUGCAGUUGGACCCAACGAUUUCGGCACAUAUCGCUGCGUGGCCAAGAAUUCGCUGGGCGAAACGGAUGGAAAUAUAAAACUGGACGAAAUGCCCACACCAACCACAGCCAUUAUUUCCGAAAUGUCCUUGCUGAACCGCAGCUAUGAUGGCAAGAGACGUCAUAGAAAUAAAUUUGACUCGGCUAACGCUCUGCCUGAUUAUGGGGUUGAGGAGUGGCGUGACGGAGCCCAAGGCAACCAUGCUGGAAACAAUGGCGAUAACAAUCAAACGCCCGUGCGUAAUCCGCCCGGAGCAUUCCACAAUUCUGCAGGCUCACUGGCGCAGCAUAAUCUACUUGCUAAAAUAAUGCUCGGCAUUAAAACGCAAUCAUUUGGGAUUUUCAAACGUUUAUCGAGCUCUUCGCCGCUGGCGGCGGGACAGAGCUUUCUCUGGCUGUCGACGUUAUCGCUGCUCUCAGCCCCAAGUCGGUGGCGUAUGAGUAAUGUGGAAAAUCGGCCGAACUCACCGGAGACCAUUGUCAACAGCGAUACCGCCGCCGCAUGCUGGGAAAGCAGAAGCCAUUUCGUGAGCGACAGCAACAAUAACAACAGUCGCAUUACCGAACGCCCACCAAUGUGGGUGCGGCAUUCGCGCAUAUUUCACAUUGCUCAUACGCCGUGUGGCGCGUCAACGCAAUACGAACGCCUAUGCGAACGCCAAUGGCAAUGGCAAAGGCUGCGGCAGUGCCAGUGGCCAAUGCUCAUUUGCAUAGUAAUAUUGGCUGGCUGUUUUGUUCGGUGGCUGCCAAUUUUGCUGCAUUUUAUCGGCCGGCACAUCGGAACAUUUUCUAUUAGCGCGACGCAUAGGCAACAUUUAAUGUGCACGUUUUGGGGCAACCGUGGUAAUAAGGUUGUCGCCAAAAAUACCACCCCCGCCAGGCCAAGUACUUUCCAAAUGCUCUGCUCCCGGAUGUUUUCAAGAUGAAAUCAAAUAAUUGCAAAGGCAAAAAGAAACUCAUUUAGGGCACAAGCAGCUUGAAGAACGAAAUCAAACCUUGGCCAGACGAGGACCAGGAUAACGAGGACGAAGUGGAAUGGGAGAGGGGUUCAGACAGCUGCAGUGGUUGGAAUUCAGAUAUAGAUAUGUUUAUACUAGAGCGUAAAAUGAAAAUCAUGUUAGGAACGAGCUGGCCAGAAGUGACAGCUGAUGUGCAGCAAAUAAUGAUGGCUACAUCCGACAUUCGGCAACUAACCGGAAGUCUAACAAAAUUUAAUGUACCUAUUCCUUUAAUGAAUGUAUUAAAAAUCAAUUAUAUUUUAAUACAAAAUAUAUAUUAAAAGCCUUUGAUAAUUUGUUUUUGGUUUCAUAUCAAUAAAGUUAUAUUAUAUCCUCAUUUAUUUUCUCACAAUUAAUUUUCAAAACGAUUAGAGGUUAUUAUGGUUUUUGUUCACAACACACAGCAAAGUUUAAAAUGUUUCAUUAUGUAUAAGCCAAUUAAAAGGAAAUAAAUUAAUUAAAAUCACAAAAAAAAUGCAGAACUGGAACGGCAAAAAAAUACGAAAAUACGGUUAAUCAAAUUUGCAUUUAGAUGAAAGUAUUUACGCAUACACAUACAUAGCGAAUUUACAUAGUAAAUUUAGCAGAAUUAUAAAAGCAAAUAAAAAUAAAAGAAAAAAAUGUGAACCAAUAGGUAAAACAAAAAGUGUUGCAUUAAGUAAUUUAUUGAAUAUAAUAUUGACACUUAACAGACGAUUGCAAUUGUUUUAGCAAUUUGUUGUCCCAAAAACGAAAGUGUUAACAAUAUGCUUAUUCAAUUUGGGUUGCAUUGCAUUCAAUUUGUUUAAAUUUACGAACAAACAAAGCAUGUAAUAAAUAAAAAGCUCCAUGAAUACGAAAUUGACUUUAAUUUGAUUCCUUUUGUUUUAGAGAAAUAAAUUAAAGCCUUCGUACACUCCCUUUAAUUGUAAAUAUUUAAAUGGUGCAAAAAGAGUAUUAAAUGAAUUCAUUGUAACUUCGCUGUAUAUAUGAAGAAAACUAUAUGUGCAACUAUACAUAUAAUUCCAUUUAAGGCUCAUAGGGCUUACCUGACCCUAUCCAAAGAAUUUAAUGAAAAUUAUAAAUUACGCUUGAGUUUCCAUUGUAAAUAAUUAAACCAUACUAUCACAUACAAGUUGAAAUGAAUGUUAACGCGUUAAAUAAAUAAAAUAUAUAUCUUUAGAUGUAGAACCGCAAGGAAAACAAGCAGAAAAACUUUGCAGUUGAAUAUGGUGGUGAGACCUAUUUAUUUAAGCCUACUUAAGAAGCUCAGAACACUUGAAUAUGAAGUCGAAAAAUUAUACCUAACGUCUAAGUUAGUUAUAACUUAUUAUAUAUGUAUGGAGCUCUAUAUAUGUGAAUAAGUGGCAUAUCUAUGUGACAUAUUUGUAUGUAAGUGUACGCAAAAGAUUACAGCAAAAAUAAAGCCCAAAACAAGCCCA